AAGAAAGAUCUUCGUCAUCUUCUUCUUCUUCCUGAAAUUGAGGUCGGAGGGAGCUAGAGAUUGGAUCUAUUGAAUUCGAUGAGAAUUGGGAUAUGGUGAUCGUUAAGACACAAAGAGGAAGGUUCCCAUGGCGAGUUUUUUGGUGGGCUUCUUGUUGCCUUCGCUACUUCUCGCAGCCGCACUUAUUAACUGGAGUGUGAUAUCCUUUGUUGAUUUGAUAGCUUUCCUCCUCGUUCACUAUAUUGCACCUGAAAUUGGAUACCGUUUUCAGAGGAGGCAUUGGCUAUUAUGGCCCAUUUUCAUCUUUUCAUUUGCAGUAUUUCUUGCUCAACUGGUGUACCUUCUCAUCUGGGCUGCUGUAGGUCAAGACUGGGAUACAGCAGAGACUGGCUGGAUGAGACUUCUCGGCUUUAUGAUAUUAAACUCUUGGAGAAACCCCACUGUUAUGUAUUUCUUGGCUUUACAACUACUAACAUCACUAGUUGCUUUAGCUGACAUAUAUAGUAGUAGAUUCGGUUUCGCUCGAUGGCGGGACACAUGGUGGUCCCCCUUCUCAGGAAUUUUCGAACAUCUAGGAAGUCAUCUUAGGGUUGCCUCCUGCUUGUUGUUACCAGCAGUUCAAUUGGCAGUGGGUAUCUGCAAUCCAUCAUGGGUUUCCUUGCCAUUUUUUAUUGGCAGUUGUGCGGGUCUUGUGGACUGGUCCUUGACAAGCAACGUUUCAGGACUUUUCAGGUGGUGGAGAGUUCUUUAUAUUUACGCAGGGUGCAACAUUGUCCUGCUGUACCUUUAUCAACUACCAAUAAACUUUUCAGAUAUGAUUCGAUGGAUAGCAAGUUUUAUAGGUGUAUUCAGAAUCUCUGUGGAAACUGAGGGCCCUGAUAUUUGUUCUGGUCUUUUCCUCGUGUCAUUCUACAUCAUGCUAUCAUAUGUGAGGUCAGACCUUGAGGAUAUGGACUUUAUCAUGUCCACAAGUGAAAAUAACUUGGCAGAGCGGCUUCUUCCUCCAAAAUAUUCGUUUUUUAUUCGAGAAUCAAGGGCCGGUGUAAGGCACACCAAUGUUUUACUGAGGGGAGCUGUGUUCAAGACUUUCAGUAUUAAUUUCUUCACAUAUGGUUUUCCGGUCUCCCUAUUUGCUCUUUCGUUCUGGAGUUUUCACUUUGCGAGCUUGUGUGCUUUUGGCCUCCUUGCAUAUGUUGGCUACAUUAUCUAUGCCUUCCCGUCAUUGUUCCGGUUGCACAGAUUAAAUGGCCUUCUUCUCGUAUUUAUACUCUUAUGGGCUGUUAGUACGUACAUAUUCAAUGUGGCAUUUUCUUUUCUGAACACUAAGGUUGGAAAGGACAUGAAAAUUUGGGAGAUGGUCGGACUUUGGCAUUACACUAUACCUGGAUUCUUUUUGCUUGCACAGUUUGGUUUGGGAAUGUUGGUUGCGUUGGGUAAUCUUGUUAACAAUUCUGUUUUUCUGUACCUGUCUGAAGAGAGCUCCAGAACUUCCAAUGAUAGAUCUUACGCUGAAGCUGAUGAAGAAACAAAGGUACUGGUCGUCGCCACCAUUGCUUGGGGAUUGCGGAAAUGCUCGCGGGCUAUUAUGCUUGCACUGAUUUUCCUCAUUGCCAUGAAACCUGGGUUUUUCCAUGCUGUGUAUGUUAUAUUCUUCCUUAUGUAUCUGUUGAGCCAUAACAUCAACAGAAAGAUACGCAAGUCCUUGAUUCUACUAUGCGAAGUUCAUUUUGCACUUUUGUACAUUCUUGAGAUCGACCUGGUGUCGAACUCCUUAAAGCAGAAAGGCUCUGUGAGCAAGGAAAUUCUAUUUCAGUUAGGUCUCCUUAGGUCUGAAAGCUCCUGGGACUUCUUGGAGAUAGCCUUGCUUGCUUGCUUCUGUGCUAUCCNAUUUUUUACAUCUUACUGCCUUUUUUUACUUAUUUACUUCUUUUAG